CGCCGCUGCCGUGCGCCCCUGCCGCUCGCUGCGCUCGGCUGCGCGGGCCUCGCGGCGCGCGGCGCGCACGCCGCGCGCGCCCCCCCCGCCGACGCUCUCCUCGAGGCGGCGGCAGAGACCUCUGGGUGCGCGGCCGCUGUCGCGGGGGCGGAGGGCCGGCAGUCAGGGUGGCAGCGCGGCGAGGAGUGCAAGUGCCCCAAGGGCACCUACCUCACGGGGCACGACCUCCAGUGCACCAGCAUGCUCGACGCCUCCGACAUCGACAGGCGCUACUACUUCACCGCGGCCGAGUACGAGGGCCGAGGCUGCUCCUGCGCGCGCCUGCCGCGCACGGAGCAGCAGCUGCUCGCGGCGCUCGGGGAGCAGGCCCGUGUCAGCGCGCUCUACGAGGCCCUCUUCCGGCACACCCUCGAGUAUUUGGGCGCGCUCGAGGGCGACGGCGGCUCCACGUUCGGCGCCGACGUGGACAGGGACAGUAGCAAGCCCGUCGCGGCUGGGGCUUUUCCAAGGACGGAGGCCAGUCAGGCCGCCUACGACCCGGACGGGUUCUGCCCCCUGAAGUCGCACUCCGAGCGCGUCGCCGCGGCAGAGAAGGUCGGAGGCACCAUUUUUAAGGCCGUGCAGCUUUUCAACGAGUUCAACGUCUGGAUCUGGUCGGAUGGCGAGGAUCGCCCCAUCAACCCUGCGACCGACGACAACCUCUUCAGGAAUGGCCCCCUCUGGCUGCCGUUCACGCCCACUUGGGACGACGUCCGCGCCGCGGGGCUCAUGUUCGCGCUCCUCCCGACACUCAUCCUCACGGACGGGGGCAACCGCACCACCUGGUUCAACAGCGCGGCGUGGAAGACAUGCUGGGAGCCGAGUCCCCUGGCGUCCGGCCCCAUGAUCUUCAAGUACCCCCAGGUGCAGUCCAGGCUCCACGAUCCCGAGCAGAAGCGCGGAUACUACACCGCGACGGCGCCCCAGCACCCGGACUUCUUCCACCCCGAGGGCCCCCUCUUCAUCGACGGCGAGAGGCACCAGAGUUUCCGCCGCCUCCUCGAGCUCGCAGGCUUCGCGCGGCGCUACCCCGUCGACGCCAGCCUCGUGCGCGCGAUCCCGGGCCUCGGGGGGCAGGCGCCGAGCGAGGCCGACGUGGCCGCGGCCGUGGGCCCGCUGGUCAUGCAGGGCAUCUGGGGCAGCCGCCCGACGCCGGAGGCCGAGGAGGCCAUGGCAAUUUACGCGAGAUUCGGUAAGUACGCCAUCUUCGGCAAGGAGAUCCACCGCUUCGCUCUGGGGCCCACCGGGAUUGCGAGCUCGGUGAGGGAAGCGAGCGCCAGCGUGGCGGCCUGGGCGAAGACGACGCCGUUCCGCGACCUCCUGCGGAAGGCCGCGGAGGCGCACGGGCCCGCCAGCCCGUUCUUCCUCGACGAGGACCGGCUGCUAGACGACCUCAUUCUUGCGACGCUCUUUGCGGGCCUCGUCGGCACCACGGACAUGGUCACGAAGUGCGUCGUGUACCAGCAGCGGGAUGCAGCACACGUGGGCCUGUUCAUGGAGGACCCAGAGAAAUACCUCAUCGAGCUGAUGCGGUAUGACUCAGCCGUGACGUCCGUGACGGAGUUGCUCCGCGAGGACGACGCCAUGAACCUGGAGGGCCGCAACAUCACGCUGAAGCAGGGCACACCCGCCCAGCUCGUCCUCGCCAGCGCCAACCGGGACCCGACCCACUGGAUGCGCGCGGACGACUUCGACCCCGCGCGGCCCGACCUCAAGGACACGCUCUCGUGGAACGGGCGCGUCGAAGACGUGGAGGCGCGUUCCUUGGAGCGCGCCCCGCGCCACUGCCCGGGAUUCUGCCUCUCCCUGAAAGUGGGCGCAGCCGUGUGCGCAAAGAUGAUGGGUUCGUUCGACGAGCUCGAGAGGGAGGGCAAAGUGUUGCACCACGGCAGCGGAGCAGUGAAGUGCAACAACUUCAACGAGGCGGACGAGCCCCCGCUCUGGAACCCACCUGCUGACCUGAAGUUGCCACCACUCUACGAGCCGGACCUCUCCGAGGGCGAGGUCCUCGUCAGGGAGGACGUGGAGUGCGAGAGCCCAGAUCUCUACAUCGGCUCCUUCGAGACAGUCCACGAGUGCGCCCGGGCCGUGAAGGCGGCCGGCGGAAAAUAUUUCAUCUACGGCAAGGGCAUCGUCAAAGGAGGCUGGUGCUAUAUGGAGUAUACGUCGUCUCCAGACUGCGGCCAGGGCUUCCAGGACGAUUGGUACGACUUUUUCGACGUUCCAGAGGUGCCCCUGGAGCGGUCGUUGCAGUGCCACGCCGAUCUCGUGCAGUGGUCGCUCAGAGAGAGUGGCCUGAUGGCAGAAAGCCCCGCCAUUGGCACGCUCGACAGGACUCAGUUCCAGAGUCAGGCGAUGGUGAUAGCGAAGCAGGUCACCACAGAAGGAGGUUCCAAUUGGCCCUUCUCCUCGGAGAAGUCUUGCACCUACGAGCACCGGCUCGCUGCCUACGGAGGCCAGGCACAGGUGGAUACAUACAGGGGCUGUUGCAAACCGUCGAAGGCAGGCGGCUGCACCCCAGCAGAGCUUUCCAAGCACGACACCAGGAAGCUCGUAAAGGGCAGCUCCACCUGGAGCGCCUGCAGCAGGCCAGAAGACACCCUGUUCGAGGCCGCGAGUUUCUCUGGAGCCACCCCCACUGGCAAGUCUUGCUUCGAGGUCGAGGUGGUUUCAAAUGUCGUGUCGUUGCGGCAGAAACUCAACUCGUGCCCAGAUUGGAUCAAGAUGGCUAUUACAGCUUUCGUCGAGUUGAGCAAGGCUUCUUACGCGUUCCAUUAUAGCCUUAUUCCAGAACAGGAGCACAAUCAUUUCAUCGCUAGUAUCCUCGGCAAGGAGCCAGACUCUAGUGGCCUGGACCCAGUUACCUUCGACACCUACACCACGGGCAUGGUGGUAGUCAUCGUGCAUCUCACACAGCGAUCCUUCAGUGGUGCCAAACAUCCGCCCAGCGAGCGCAUUGCUCUGCCAAGGUCGCAGGAAUACCUUGACAGGCACGUCGUCUACAGCUUCAUUGGGCUGCCAACGGAAGACAUCGACACCAACAUCGCCAGCCUCGAAGGCGGGCAAACGUGCGGCCUCGAUGCGUUUCGCCAGCUAGAUUUGGUGGAUGACAUAGGGACUGGGAGGAACACGUGGGACCGUGUCAUGGGUACAUUGCCAGGGUAUUCAUCGCAUUGCCCCUUCAAGGAGAGCAAGGCGACCUGCACGAAAAAGGAGUUUGUACGGGGGUUGUUUUCCAAUUACACCACGCAGGAUGGUGACCCUGCGUACCCAGCAGAGAUGAUCGAUUUUGCAGGGCUGUGGCACAUGGCUGAUGGCAAGUGGUCUGACAAGGCGGAAAGCUUCCUCGCGUGGCAGCACUACGGCUCGCAUCGCAUCGAGGCCGUCUUGGCUGGGUCACCCGAGGCGACAGGUGGCGCGGCCUUCAAAUUGGUCACCUCCGAUCUUAGCGUCCUGGACGUCCGCCCGGGCUUCUCGCGCGUCGGGGCCGACAUGUUCUUCAAUGAGGCGGGGGAGCCGUUGAUGAUCCGCACACCAGACGGCCAGGAAGUUUGGAGGGCGAGGGCGGAAUCAGCGACGUGGCAGUACUGGAAGUUCGCCUUCCGCUCUUCGCUUUUCCUCAAGGUCACGCUUGUGGAUCACCUCUGGGCCACGCACUUCACGGCGGGCAACUCUCUGGCUGCGGCCUCACGGGAGUCUCUGGCCCCAACCCAUCCAAUGAGGCGAUUGUUGACCAUGUUCACUUUUAACACGAUCAAGGUGAACACCAAUGCGUUCCACCAGCUGUUGGGUCCAGACGCCCUGCUCCAGCGAAGCACACCGUUCCACGAUUUCCGCAAGGUCUCGUUACGUGCAGAGGUCGCGAUCCGGCCGCUGACACAGUCAUUCGGGCUCUUCCUGAACGAGACGGUCAGGAGCGCCCUACCCGUACGAGUGCAGGAGACGCCAUACGUGCAGGACGGGCAGCUCAUCUUCGACGCGCUCCGAGAUUUCGUGGCCAGCUGGUUUGCGCUCUAUGAUGGCCAGUGGUGCGCGGGCGCUGCUGUCGCGGACCCGGCGUUGAUGCUGUUCUUUGAGCGCGUGCAAGCGUGGUCGAUGUACCAGCAGCACAUGGACACGGACGCGUCGUUCCUGGGUCUGCACGGCGGAGACGGGAACCUCCAGUGCGCCGGUUUCCAGAAGUGGCUCACCAUGCUCUUCUUCCAGGUCACUGGCGGACCACCGGCACGUGGGGUCCGUGGCCGACACCGCCGCGGACCCGGACUUUGCAGGCUUCUCCUGGGCGCCGGGCGAGGCGCACGCGAGGCCGCGGCAGGCCGUGCAGGUCUCGCUCAUCUCGGCCACGACGGCAACCUCCUGGCCGAAGAUCAGCCAGGACUACAGCCACCUCGCGCAGGGGAUCGAGAAGGGCGCAGAGGCGGCGCGGGCCUUCCACGCGUUCCGCGCGAGGCUGAAGGGCAUCGCAAGGACCAUCGACGCUCGGAACGCGGGGCGGGGCGUCCCGUACCUGCAGAUGCACCCAGACUACGUGGAGAGCUCGGUGGCCGUCUGAGGGCUGGGAUUUGGGGGGGGCAGCUGCGCUCCGCUCGGGAGGCGCAGAGGGCCAGAUUCAUAAAUCGGGCCCGAUCAAUCUGCGACGGCCCCGACGGCCCGAAGCUCAUCUUCCUGCGGCGCCCAGAAUUCUCUGCAGGCUCUCAGAUGCUAGGGGUCAGGACAACAACAUGUGAAAGUCAGUCGACUCUCUCUCUCUCGGGCUUCGAGCCGGGCCUACGGUGGAAGCCCGUUCCAAGAGACGCCCUACCUGCCUCCAGGGUGCCCUGGAUUUCUUGGGCUUCGCCGGCUUCUGCCGUGGAGCACGUGACGCCCCGGUACCCCGGAACGUGCACAGGCUUCCGCGGAAAGUCUGUGCACGUCCUGAAGUUCCAGCCGCAGGCCUGGGCUUCUCGUGGAAGGCUUCUCGUGGUCGGGCCCCUGCUGUAUCUGUGAGGCCCGCCGAGGGGCGAGCUCGCCCGGUGUGAGACGGUGGCGGCGUCCUCGCGCCUGCCGCCGGGCAGUGCGCUCGCCGCCGGCCUCCCGGGCUGCAGCGGCGAGCAGCGGGGCUCGACGGCCCGGUGGCGAUAGGCCGCCGGCGGCCAGGCGCGCCAGGGCAGAAGUCGGAGGAGAUGCAACGGCAUGAGCAUAAGCGUUUGGACAUCCGCGCGGAGCCAAGACAUCCGCGCGGAGCGCCAACAAGAGUUUCUGUUUACGCCGUUGCUGUCGUCUUCUAAGAAGGAGCCCCCCCAUGCAGUUGUCGCGUUUUACGUUUUUGCCGCUUCCUCUUCCUCCAACGACAGCGCCGGAUCUCAGGGCGCGGCCGUUCGGUUUGGCCAUGACUCCCGCGAGGGCGCUCCAUACUACUCAUGCGGCUCCAAAGAACGACGAAGAGACCGCCACGCACGGAGGCCGCCCUCUCGCGGCGGGCCUCCCGCGGGGCAUCCAGCGGCGCCGUUGCUUCGCCUUUGCUUUUGCCUCUCUGCGAAUGGCGCGCUGGGCCGCAGCUUGCACAAAG